AAUGCUUCUCAGAACCUGUCCCCGUCUUCUUACAUUGCUCCUCUUUAUAAAAACCAUAGACCACCUCCAUUUCCAAAAUCUUCUUCUUAAAAUACAAGCUAAAUUCUAUAGAGAGGAGAUAGAGAGAGAGAAGAAAAAUACAUCUCUGGGAAUGGGGAAUUGUCUCAGGCACCGAUCUUCCAUGACAUGUCCCAGCGACGACUGGGAUCCUGAGAUCGAGAGCGGUGGGCCGUACGGCCUUGGAGGGAAGAUGGUGGGAGAGAUGGAAAAGGAGAGGCUGCUAGACGAGAAGAAAAGAGUUCCUACUACAGAAGUGAAGAUCAAGCUUACGAAGAAGCAAGUGGAUGAAUUGCUAGAGAGGGUCGAUAUCGGUGGGAUGUCGAUCCAAGAAGUUCUGGCUCACUUGAUAAAUGGGGCCAGUGAGUCCCAUCUGAGGCACCGGUCUUGGAGACCAGCGCUGCAGAGUAUCCCUGAGGUGAAUUGAAUUGGAUGAUGAUGAUGAUAAUGAGGCCGAUGAUGAUGGUGGCAAAAUUUAUGUCGGCAGUGGUGAUGAUUUUUGAGCCUCAAGUGGAAUUAUCCCUAUCUCCUUUCCACUCAGAAUGCUUCCUUUCUCAUGAGAGAGAGAGAGCGAGAGAUGGUGGAUAGGAUUCUGUAAUUUUUUUUUUAACCAUUGUAAAUGGAGACAGUGAACAGGCAGACAUGCAUUUUUU